GAUCCCCCAACCUCCCCGGAUCCCCAUCCUUCCAUACGUAACUCACCCAGGUACUCAUACUGUACUCGCACUCUACUCCUCGCGCUCCCAUCACCUAACCAACGAACGCACGCCCACUCAUCUCCGGCCUCGUUCGGCACUCAGUCUCAGCGUAGCAUCAGGGCUGGAGCAGGGGGCGGACUGUGCACGGGUUUGAAUUGGUAGUGUACCGUAGUGCAGGGGGAGUGUUAAUCUCCGUUAGGUGGCUACGAUUCUGGAGUUGGGCUCUCAAUAUUGACAUUCCACAGCACUGUCGUCGUUUCAAACUGUGGGGGAGAAGAGGAGGCAUGGAGGGAUCUCCAUCGAUGAGAGACAGCUGUGGAUGUCAGUGUGGGGAGAUUGACAAUCGAAGACACUAUAGAAUAUCUUGUCUCGGGGCACCCAUUUCGCGGGGCAUACUGUAGUUACAGUAGUGAGUCGGAGUCCACAUGCUCCUUGGUGCGUGCCGAGGGGGGAUCCUGAUGUUGCGGGGCACCGUUGUAGCGUCUCUAACUUCGACCAUGCAACUAUACGCAUAUCUCAGAGGACUGUAUGGGAACACAGCAUGGUCGUCGUGUAGAUCGAGUAUAGUAGUCGAGUAUAGUGGUAUGGCGAGUCUCGAUGUCGGGAUAGAACUUCACAACUCCACAUCAAUCAACAGUCUUCACGCUAGAUCCCUUCGCGCCUAGCCCUCACCCUCCACAUUCCUUGGCUGAUCGGGUCUGGGAAACUUCAAACCUCACGUCUCACCCUCACUCUCACCUCUCUCCCUCUCGAGAAAUCCCCAACAAAUCCCCCCCUCACCGCCGCAAUAUAACCAUCGCAACCACCACCGCCGCCGCCGUUCCCCCCCCAUCCGCGGCUAUGGGCAGGACCUCGAAAUUCUUCUUCCCCGUCCCAGGGCGCCGCGCCUCGGUCCUCCCUCCCGCGAAAACAGAAUCUAUACCCACGACUUCCUCGAGCAGCAAUUCCCGCCCGCCGCAGCAGCGACAGCAACAACCCCUCUCGAAAGCACAGCGUCUCCUCGGCACGGGGAACCUCAAUAUCGACUCCCCCAGCCGCGAAGACGACGGUACAUGGCGAUCCUACACACCGUCCUCGACGACGCGCAGUCGAGCGGCCACGAGCCCGAGCCGGAUGAGCAUUGAGAUAGCCGAGUCGACGACAGAGGACAACGCUUUCAGUGCCUCUGAGGGAGGGGGGGUGCCGCCGAUACGGUUGGACUGCAAGGCGUCGCCGACGCUGCUGGGCCGCGGGGCGGUGAUGAGAGGGGAUUAUGGAGGUGGAGAGGAUAUGGCGAGUGACUUGCCGGAUAUCAGGUUGGAGAGGUCGAAUUCCACAUUACGGUCUUACUAUGACCGCGGAUCUACGCCCCUCGCUGUGUCACAGCAGACCUCCGCCUCGUCGGCGCGCGACCUCGCACUCCGCAAGGGCUACCAGCCCGUCGUCUCCAAUAUGCUCCACAGCCCACUCAGUCCGCAUGGCAUCGACUCCAUCGCCAAAGACGACGGCGACGACGACGUGACCACCCACAACAGAGACAGGGGCAGCUACUUCCCCUCCUCCCCCAUGCAACCCCCCAAGAAAAAAACCUCCCGCCUCGACCUCACCCGCCUCUUCCACAAAAAAUCAAAAGACGCACAAUCCCUCCGCCCCCCCUCCGUCGCCUCAGGCAUCUCCUCCUCCUCCGCUACCGACGCAGCCUAUGCCCGCAAACUGGGUAACAACCCGCCUAUCGUGCGCCAGAAAUCGGCCGUCGUUUCGCCGCCCGUCGAUCGCCUGAGGGACGAGAAGACGGUCCAGUUCCAGAGCGAUCACCACGCCACAGACGAUCUGUGGGAUCACUACGAGCAGCGCGUCUACGCGGAUCGGAGUCCGGCGCCUGUGCCUGAGCCCCGUGCCGCUGUGGCGGCGAAGGUCCCGGUAAUCACGGCACCGAGACCGAGACACGAGGCGCCGAAUGGAGUAGCCUACCCUGAUCUCCGUCCCAGAAACAAACAUGAUGGUAGGGAUACAGCGCCCCCGCCAUCGGCGCACGCAGCGUGGCGCGCGCGCGAUCACCUCGGUGCUGGCGGGGGCGGUGGGGGGCAGAAUUGGGAUGCCACGAGCCGGGUGAGCGAUUCGAGUAAGACGACUGGGACGUCUAGGCGGAGUGUGUUUUCGAACUCGAAUCUACAGCAGAAUAGCAUUCUCUCCCUAUCCGAAUCGUCGUCGUCUGAUGACGAGGAGAGGGGGGAUGAUAAGGAUACCUUCGAGAGCGAUGGGAUGGGGAAUGGCGCUAGGAGGGCGGGGGAGAGGAAUACUGCGCGAUCGCAGACGAAUGGUGGGACGACGCAUAAGAGUAGUAGUAGCACCACCUCGUCGUCGGCGAAAAAACAGUCUAGUUCAUCAAAGAUACGACAGAAACCAAAACCCCUCCGCAACCUCGACGCCUUCCCCCGCCCCGCUAGCUCGACUUCCCACCCUUCCUUGAACACACCAAGCCCGCAUCACAGCAACUUCCUCACCAUCCCCUCCCCCAUCUCGCCGCACCUCUCUGGACCAUGGCGAUCCUCCGCUUCCUCGCCGCCUACUACCGCUAUCCCGCCGCCGGGUGGUGCGCUGCCGGGUGUCCCGCAAGGCGUCAGACGACAGCCGAGCUCGGCGAGUAAGGCGAGUACGAUGAGGAGUGUGAAUAGCUCAAGGACGGCUAGUACGCUGAGGAGUACGGCGCCGAGGAGUAGGCCGCUGGUGGAGGGGCUGCCGAGUCCGGUGAGUCCGAUGAGUCCUGGGCAUGAGAGGCAGGGGAGUGAGGGGACAGGGUAUUCUAACGGGUUCAAUGGGUAUACAAAUGGAUAUUCUAAUGGGAACGGAUACGCGAAUGGGAAUGGGAAUGGAUACACCAAUGGCCACAACACACACCUCCCCAUAGGCAGCGCCACUUCAACACACACCUCCUCACGCUCCCCUAACCCCUCCUACGCCGUCCCCGCCGUUCCCACCUCAGCAACAGCGGCGGCAGCGAAUUUAAUGGCUGUCACACCACAGGAACAGGCGCUGCUCUCGGCACUGCGCCGGAAGAGAGCGAGGAUGCGGGAUAAGAUCCUGGCCGAGGGGUCGUUGGAUGUGGGGACUGCUAGUGUUGUGACUAUUGGCGGAGGGGGUGGCGGGGGUGGUGGGGCUGGGAGGAAUUUAGGAGGGGGAAGUGGAUUAAUGCUGAGAGGGAGCGUGAGGAGUGGAAUGAGUAACAGCUCCACUGUGAGUGGUGAGAGUGUUGUCUUCUGCCUCGACAACAAUAAUGGGGGACCCGUCACGAACGGCGCGGGGGGGCAGAAGUCGGUCCGAAGCGCGAGGAGCGUGAGGAGUGAACGGAGCGAUAGGGAACGGUUUGGGGGGGGUGGGGAUGAGAGGAGAGUCCGGGAGAGGGAACGGGAACGGGAGAGAGAACGGGAGAGGGAGAGGGAGAGGGAACGGGAGAGAGAAAGAGAGAGUUUCAUGGGUACUGUUAAGGGACGGGCGGUGAGGUUGAGUGCUGUUGGGAGUGUGGGGGGCGAGGGGUUUGGGUGGUAGCGGGGGAGACGAGGGCCAACCCGACCACUCACGAACUCGCAACCACGGACUCACAACCAGGGGAGGUGUAUCGAUUUUUUCGGUUUUUCUGGUUGCGCGGAUGGGAAGGGGGAGAGCGUUUUUCAAAAGGGGGGAACGGGUGCGGGGGGUGAUGAAUACCCAACGUUACAGUAUAUAUUACCAUUCCCUUUGUUUGGUGGGCGGUUAGGGAUCGAAAUCGAGAGCGCGGUGGUGGGAUAGAUGAUCUGUUUGUUGUUGUUUUUUGGAUUUAUCGUCUGUUUCUUGUUUAUUAGCUGUUUUUGUUUGCUGUUCGGGUUUUUCUUUUUUGACGUUUAGAUGGUCUUUACGGAAGGGGACAUAUUUGAUAGGAGAGGUGAUGAUGAAAGUGUAUUAUAUCUAGUAUUUAUUAAUAGUUUUGGUGGUAUAUAAUCGUCGGAUCUGCCUGGUCGCUUCGCUCCCAGUCGGAAUAAGCAAGUUGUCUUGUGGGAAGCAAGAUGUCU